AUGUUUGACCACGACCUCAGCACCGUCAGCUUCCCUCGAAGCCACCGCCCGUCGAACCCACAUUUCUUACGUCGAUUCGGAACCGCCAACCCUCCUACGACCUCUGGCCACCUGACACUGAGGACCGACGAGCUUUGCGAGCCGCUCCUGUCUUCUGGUGUCUGCGUCGCUGGACCCUCAAAAUCGUCCUCUGACGAAGCAUGUCGUCACAGCGGCCAGACCCGAGUCAGAACCCUCAACGGCGAGAUCAAGACUUUCCGCCCCUACCGCCAUAUCGCAGACUCCCCCCGCUACCGCCCUUGCCUUCGAACCGCGGCCCUCGUCCCCCGCUUCCCCCUCGGCACCGUCUCUGGGGAGCUGAACCUUACGCAUCCCACGGAGAUCAGGAAGAUCCACAGGCACUUCCAGGCGGAAUACGACGAACUUCUGGGGAACUUCGUGGGCAACACCCUGAGUGAUCUGACUGCUUUCAUUUCAUCGGCGUCAGAUCCUGUCUUGGAGCGCUCACGGAAUCGUAAUCAAGCGACUGGCUUGUUGGAGACCCUACAGAACGACCAAAGACCAGAGGACGACUCCCGGCGCCCGGCCACACAACUGCCCCCAGUUUUUGGCUACCGAACUAUCCGAUCCUUGAACGGCCGACAGCGACACGACGUCGGCGCUGAAGACGAUUUGGAGGCGGUUAGAGCAUUGUGGAACCAGAGAGCUCAGUACAGCUCAUCACCCUUUUCUCCGCCCAGGAUGCCUCCAAAUCUAUCCCCACCAAAUCUGUCACCACUUCCGCAGUCGGAGGAGUACCCCGAGGAGAACCGACGUGUCAAGAGGAGGAAGCUGGAUUCUGAAAGAGCCUCGCAGAGUUUCAAGGGUUUUCGAUAUGGAAGAUACGGCCAGGUCGAGCCAGGCCAGCUGAAGAUGGAAAUCCUGAGCUGCGACGGAGGACUAUUCGAAAACGGGUCUUCAUAUGCUUACGACAACAUACUAAGAGACGACAAGACCGUCUAUUGCACGCAGUCUAAUCGUUGCAAUAUCAUACUGAAGCACCAGGGUGCGACGCCGUUCAGUUUGAAAGAGCUCGUGAUCAAGGCUCCGGCUUUGAAUUACUCCUCGCCUGUACGAGAGGGCAUGGUAUUCGUAUCCAUGCACCAGGAUGAGGUCUUGACGCGAACGGCACAAUAUGAGAUUCAAUAUGCUUCAUUGAGAUCAGGCCGAUCAUCGUCCACAAGACCGCUGGCCCCAAUCAUCUCUAUUCGGCACCAUGAGGACGGAACUACCGUGACCAGGACACACACUCGGCAGAGACGGAUGUACAGUAUGGACGGGGAAGAUGACGAAAACGAGCAGCGGACGGCACAAAUACCCGCAGAGUUCACAAGUCAGCUGCCACCUUUCAACAUCACAACCGAGUGCAGCUACGAGGAGACGGAUGACGAAGAUACACCAAGAAUCUCGGUCAGUAGGCGAGCACCGAAUAGAAUCGGAUCGCUGCCGUUCGAAAGCGAUAGUAGCGAUGAUGGGAACCCGUUCGCGUCGGACAGGUAUGAUUUUGAAGAUUAUUCUUUCAACAACAGACGCCGAGACCCGUCGGAUAUGUCUCUGGCAGAGGCUGUUGAGGCCACUCAGAUGGCCACCCAAGAAGCUGUCCGAGCUGUGGGCGGUGAAUUAAUGGCGCCGCACGCCAAGUUCUUCAUCGAGAAGGACAAGAGCAAGUGUACCAUACGGUUUGACCCCCCAGUCUCGGGGCGGUUCAUUCUCCUCAAGAUGUGGAGCAGCAGCCGUGCAUCUGGAAGCAACAUUGAUAUACAAGCGGUUCUCGCAAAGGGCUUCGCGGGGCCUCGGUAUUUCCCUUCGGUGGAACUGCGAUGA